GUUAUGAGUAGGAAAACACAGCCAGUGUUUCUGUUUUCACGCUGCUUGUAUGACUGCGCGGGUCGCUCGUCUGUUCGUGCCUCGGCGGGGUGUGUGAAGCCCAGGAGCGGUUCUCGAGCUCGCCGGCUCCCCUUUCAGACCAUCGGCCUCUCGAGGUUUCUUUGUGCUGCCCCAGUGAUCCUCUGGCGGACUCGGAGGACAUGGCGGAGACCGACGGAGCCGCCGCCUUCACGGAGCUGCGCGACCCGGACUGGGAUGAGUCGCAGCUUCGACAGUAUACUUUUCCAACCCGACAAAUACCGCGACUGUCCCAUACGGAUCCGCGUGCCGAGGUGCUCAUCAAUAACGAGGAGCCUGUUGUACUGACAGACACCAGUUUAGUAUAUCCAGCUCUAAAAUGGGACAUACCCUACUUGCAGGAGAAUAUCGGAAAUGGGGACUUCUCUGUUUACAUAGCAGAAAAUCACAAAUUCUUAUAUUACGACGAGAAGAAAAUGGUUAACUUUCAAGACUUUGUGCCUAAAUCUCGUCGAAUAGAGAUGAAGUUUUCUGAGUUUGUGGACAAGAUGCAUCAAACAGAAGAGCAAGGCGGGAAAGGAAGAGUGUACUUGCAACAGACUCUGAAUGAUACGGUAGGGCGGAAAAUUGUGGUGGAUUUCCUUGGAUUCAAUUGGAACUGGAUUAACAAACAGCAAGCUAAACGAAACUGGGGACCGCUGACCUCUAAUCUGCUGCUCAUAGGCAUGGAAGGCAAUGUAACACCAGCACACUAUGACGAGCAACAGAAUUUCUUUGCACAAAUCAAAGGACAUAAAAGAUGCAUCCUCUUUCCGCCGGAUCAGUUUGACUGCCUCUAUCCUUAUCCAGUCCAUCAUCCAUGUGACAGACAGAGUCAGGUUGAUUUUGAAAAUCCUGACUAUGACAAGUUUCCUAAUUUCAAAAAUGCUGUUGGGUAUGAGGCUGUCGUGGGACCCGGAGAUGUGCUGUACAUCCCCAUGUAUUGGUGGCAUCACAUUGAGUCCCUUUUAAAUGGAGGAGAGACCAUCACAGUCAACUUCUGGUACAAGGGGGCUCCCACUCCAAAGAGGAUAGAGUAUCCUCUGAAAGCCCAUCAGAAGGUGGCCAUAAUGAGGAAUAUAGAGAAGAUGUUGGGAGAGGCCUUGGGGGACCCACAUGAGGUCGGUCCGUUGCUGAACAUGAUGAUCAAGGGCAGAUAUGAUCAUGGACUGAGUUAAUAGCCUGUACUGAAGCUUCUUUAGUGUGCUGCUACAACAGUCUGUUUAUGUGUGUAUGAGAGAGAGAAUGUGAAUGGGAGUAUGUGCUUGUGUGUACAUUCAGACUGUUGAAAUGCCAGUGCAUGGCAGUAUUUUGGCAGUAUAAAGACUUUCGCCUUUGUCUGCAUUCACUUACUGGACCCAUUGUCGUUAGUUCUGUGUUGGUGUAAGGAAAAAUACCACUGUUGAGGAAUCCUGAUUUGAUCUCUCCUUAACAAGCGUAACUAAAUUCAGCAUUAUGUGCUAAAAAAGUAAUAAAAAAUAGACGAAUGCAUUAGCAGAGGCCUCUAAAGCACUUUUACACCACCCAGAGCGCCUGUUGUCAGGUUUUGUCCCAUGUUGGGAAAAAGAAGGUGCCAUAUGUCUUGAUUAAAACUCCUGUGGAUUUGAGUCCGUACAGUGAAUUCUGGCUGAGCGCCUCAAGCACAUCCACAACGGAGGAUGAUUUACAACUUGAAACCUACCAUUGACGGUUUGAACCGGUUCGUACUGUCAUUGUUAAUGGUGUUUUUUGUGUUUGCUUUUGACUCUCAUGAUGAUGAUGAUGAUGAUGUUUCUGUUAUAGGAUAGAAGUAACGCAGAAUACAACAGUUAAAUCACAAUGCGUUUUUAAACUGAAGGGAUUUCUUUCCUUUUGCAGCCGACUCACUGAAUUAAAGUUUGCAUUUGUUUAUGCAUUUUUAAUGAUAUUUUCCCUUCUUUUUGUUUUUUUAGCCAUGUGUACAUUGAAGCAAAUGUUUUAGUUUCUUGAUAUUUUAUUUUUCAGUGUAACGUUAUAUGGUACCAUUUCAGUAAGGAUUGUAAUUCAGAACAAACUACACUUGCCAAGUGUUAACUGUCUCCAUGAAUUGUAAGGAAAUAAAAGCUUUUGAAUGGUUUGAUCUAA